CCCACACAAAGAGCUUCUGCGAGAGGAGUCUGCUAGACCUGAUUCGUCUUCUUCGUCAAAGAAACUAAGUACCGCAAGUAUCGCCACAGGUACCUCUACAGACUUUGAUGAGCCCAAGGAAAACGCCACCGAAGCUGGUGCGGAAGAGCAAGGUCUUCUUGAAGACACGUCUAAAACCAAGCAGUCAGUAUUCAAAACAGCACUGGAGCUUCGAAGUGGAACCGUGACAGAUGAGCCUUCUGUUGAUGGCGUGACAGAACCUUCUCCUGUGGCAGCUGUCGACGAGACCAAGGUUGCACGGCCCAGAGAUCAUCGUGAAGAUCCCGAAGAUCAUCGUGAAGAGGAGGAACCUCUGCAAUUAUUACAGGUUAUCGAUAGCUCUACAACAAACAACAAACAGAUUAUCGAUCGAGAGGAACCUCUGCUGCAACAAACAGAGGCUAUGAAGCGGUUGUCGCCUUCCGUUCGGGUUAAAGUCGGCGACACAGUCCGCGUCGCCGCUCAUGACCUCCUGGACCGAGUCAACGCGGAAAUUCACAGUCUAGAACACUUGUUCAACAUUUCGGAGAUUGCUGGGUACACAACGUCAGAUGACGAAGAAGAGGAUGAACUGGAACGUCUUGGCUUGUUAGGGGCUCUUGGGGGGCAAGCAGGGCAAUUCAACUUGAUGAAUGCAGAACAUGAACAUGAUUUGGACUUUCUCAAGAGGUCUUCUGAUGGAAAUGGGUUAUCUUCUGAUCUUGGAGGGUGUGGAAUAGGAGGCUUCUCUUUCGGUUUCAGAGGAGGACGAUUCGGC